CGCGGGAGCUUCAGCUUCAGCUGACUAAGAUCCCGGGGUUGUUUUGCGCCAUCCAGCUGGCAAAAUGAAGGCCUUCACCUGCAACGGCGCAACAAAUUCAUUUGCAUGCUCAUGGUGGUUCUGCAAGAGGUUGGUAUCCAGGGAUCACACAUGAACUGGCCCGGUGCUCGUCUUGACAUCCCCUUCCAUCUUGCGGGUCUCUCGCCAUUCCUGUCUGGCUCAGCAGCCGGCCACCAUCCGGUCCAUUUGGACGAUGAAUUGGAUGGCCAAUACCGGUUGAUUGUUGCUUGCUCAUGAAAUCUCCGAGUCAGUUUUCAUGCUUAUGCCGUUUAUUGUGGGCUUCAAAAGUU